ACCAACAUACUACUUUAUACAAACAAUUAAUCUAGAUAGCCAUCUACAUACAAUUUCUCUCUUUAGUUUGGUCCUUCUCCAAAUGGCCAAUCUCUGUAUGUUCAUCGUCUUACUAUUGGGGAUCACAAGCUACGGUUCCAGUGCUGCUUUUGAAAAUGGAACUAGUAGUGUAGGAUCAAAGAAAGUGGUACGCGUUGGUGUAAUUCUUGAUCCCGACUCUGGAGUCGGGAAAAUGGCACAAAAUUACAUAUACAUGGCACAUUCUGAUUUCUAUGCUACAUAUCCAAAUUAUCAGACGAGACUGUCUUUUUCGGUGAAAACCUCUGGAAGGGAUGCUGUUGUUGCAGCAUCAGCAGCUCUAGAUUUGAUGAAGAAUGAUGGAGUGCAGGCUAUAAUAGGGCCAGAAUGGUCAACAGAAGCAAAGUUCGUGAUCAAUCUUGGAAAAAAAGCUCAAAUUCCUAUCAUUUCAAUUUCAGCUUCUAGCCCUUCUUUCUCUCCAAGCCAGAGUCCAUUUUUCAUUCGGACAUGCCAAGAUGAUAACUCUCAGAUAAAACCUCUUGUGUCCAUUGUUCAACAAUUCCGUUGGCGCCAAGUUAUUGUCAUCUAUGAAGACACAGAAUUCGGCAACGGUUUCAUUCCAUAUUUAACAGACUCCUUACAGAAAAUCGAUACGCGGGUUCUUUAUAGAAGUGUCAUUUCUCCAUCUUCCACACAAUUGAAUAUUUCCAAAGAGCUUGCGAAGAUUAAAGCAAUGGAGACAAGGGUAUUAUUGGUCCACAUGACUGCUUCUGUUGGCUCGAAAGUAUUUUCAAUUGCAAAACAGGAAGGGAUGAUGAGUGAAGGUUAUGUUUGGAUAAUCACUGAUGGGUUAUCAACUUUGUUAGAUCCAAUUGAGAAGAAUGUUACUGAUUCUAUGCAUGGUGUUUUGGGUUUAAGACCCUAUGUGCCCAAUACAAAGCAGCUUAAAGAAUUCAAAACCAGAUUCAAUGUUUCAGAGAUAAAUAUUUAUGGUUUAUGGGCAUAUGAUACCAUUUGGGCAUUGGCUAAGGCUGUGGAAUCGGUUUCACAUCUGGACUUAAAUGCCUCGGCUCAAAGUCGUCACAGAAACAGAGAAGUGUUUGGCUUAAGAGUCUCGGAAUCAGGUCCUCAGCUUCUAGAAAAGUUGCUGUCUACUAGGUUUAAAGGCCUAAGUGGAGAAUUCCAUUUGAUUAGAGGACAGUUGGAAGUAGAAAAGUUCGAAAUAAUCAAUUUGAGAGAGAAAAAAGGUGAGGAAGUAAUUGGAUAUUGGACUGCAAAGAAAGGAAUAAAUAUUGAUUCAGGGGAAAAUGGCAAAGCAGCAAAUUCAAGCUCCAUUGAUGAACUAAAGGAGAGAGUCAUUUGGCCUGGAAAUUAUCAUGCAAAAGUAGCACCACCUAAUGGUUGGGUUAUACCGGUGUCCGGUAAGAAGUUGAGGAUUGGUGUCCCUUUAACUGCUGCAGGUUUUAAAGGAUUUUUGGACAUAAAAUGGGAUAAUAAAACUCUUAAGGUCACCAACAUUACAGGUUUCUGCUAUGAAAUCUUUGCUGCUGCAUUGGAAAAAUUACCAUUUGAUGUUCCACAUGAGUUUUUUGCAUAUGUAAAUGACUCGGGCCAAAGCAACGGGACUUAUGAUGAUCUUCUUUAUCAGAUUAAGCUUCAGAAGUAUGAUGCCGUGGUGGCAGAUACAACAAUUGUUGCAAAUAGGACAACUUUUGUUGAUUUUACAUUGCCAUAUUCUGAAUCAGGGGUUUGGAUGGUUGUCAAAGUUAAAGAUGAGAAAACCAAAGAUAUUUGGAUAUUUCUCAAACCUCUGAGAUGGGAUCUUUGGUUGACACUUGCAAUAGCCUUCUUCUCUACAGGGUUUAUAGUGUGGAUUCUUGAGCAUCGUACAAACACAGACUUGAAAGGUCCACGACACAAACAGAUUGGCAAAGUUUUUUUGUUCUCCUUUUUAACCCCUGUGUUUGCUCAUGGUGACAGGGUGGAGAGCAACUGGUCAAGAUUUGUGUUGACCAUCUGGGUUUUUGUGGCAUUCAUUGUCACGCAAAGUUACACUGCUAGCUUAGCCUCAAUGUUGACAGUGCAAAGUUUGCAGCCUUCAUUUGUCGAUGUUAACGAGCUAAGGAUGAAUGAUUGUUAUGUUGGAUACCUAGAGAAUUCUUACGUGAGAGAGCUUUUAAUAGGACAAUUGAACUUCAAGGAAUCAAGGCUAAGGCACUAUGCUUCCCCAGAGGAAUAUCACCAUGCAUUGUCUAAAGGAAGCAAAAAUGGUGGAGUUGAUGCUGUGUUUGAUGAAAUUCCCUACCUUAAGCUCUUCCUUGCUAAGUAUUGCUCUAGAUACACAACCGUUGGACCAACCUACAAAUCCGAUGGCUGGGGCUUUGCCUUUCCAGUAGGGUCGCCACUUGUACCUUACAUGUCAAGGGCAACCCUGAAUGAGACUGAAGAUCAUACGAAGAUGCAAAAAUUGGAACUAAAGUAUUUUUCAUAUCGAAGCAAAUGCCAAGUCUCGAGUUCCACAUCCUCUGCAGAUAGUCAUAGUCUUAAUGCGUUGAGUUUUGCCGGCCUUUUCAUCAUAAUGGGUCUCACUUUUUUUUUACUUUGCUUGAUAUUUUUGGUUAAAUAUGGGUACAUCAGGACUUGUUUACUAGCGAUGCUAUAGAAAGCUCUGUUUGUUCCAGAAUUAUAUUACAAUACUAAAGCAUUUCCCUUAUUGCAAGGAUUCUCCAUUUGAGAGCUGAAUCAAAUAUCAGCAGAGCUCAUGAAGCUAAUUCCAUGGUUAAAAAUGUGGGGGACAAGUACAAUUGCAAUUUUUUCUGUCAAGAUAGGUGUUGGCGCUGAUGAAUAAGACAGGACAUAUUAUUUGGAUAGAGCUCUUAUUGCAAAAAUAAGAAUUACUAUA